AUGGCCGAGGCCGUAGGGUUUGUUCUUGCUGUGGUGCCCAUGAUAAUAAGUGCCUGUGAACACUAUGGCGAAGCAGCUCGUGGCAUUCAGCGGUACCGGCAUGCGAACAAGGGAGCAGAAGACUUGAUAAUGAUGCUCGAGAUACAAGAGGCAAUCUUUCGAUCGGCGAACAUAAGACUUCUUGCUUCCUGCGUCGGCAGGGAUGAAGCACACUUGAUGUUGGGCGACUUCAAUCAUCCAGGCUGGAAAGAAAGCGGGCUGAUUGCUGACUAUCGGGCGAGACUGGGAGAAUCGCAGCAUGCUUUCACCCACUCGAUCAAGCUCAUCAACGAACAUUUGGCAAAUUUGCGCUUGACGAUCGAUGGCUUUGACAAGCACAGUGAUGUCAAUGAACAAGAUGCUCACGCUCACCAUCGCAAGCUUUCAUUCAAGAAGAGGAUCAGGCUAGCUUUCUCACAGUCUGGCAUCGAACAGUCCUUGGAAAGCUUGAUGAAAAAGACUCAGAACUUUUCGACCUUGAUAGCCCAAACAGAACCGUCGCAAUCAAGAACCUCGGAGACCAAAAUUACUCUCUCGACAAGAAGAGAAAUUGCCAAAUUUGCCAGGAUCAAAGACGCAGCUAGCAAUUUGUAUCAAACCCUGGGAUACGCCUGUACGAAGCAUACAAGUCACCAAGCUCAACUAAGCCUCGAACCAUCCUGCAAAGUUCAGGAAUCAACCCGCACAGACCCUCUACAAGUGCGCUUCACUAUGGCAUUUAGCCAUUUGACCUUACAACCCCAAGCCACAGCGUCGGAUUUAUCUAAGCCCUCAGCCUGGCUUACGAUCGAGUCAAGUGUAAGCGGUAUGAUACAGUCAGAAGCUGAUAAUGUGACCCUUCAGCACAUGCAAGUUAGCGCAAAGAGGACGCGAGAUAGUGAGGAUGACGAGUCUCUUAACGCUUCGACAGCACAGGCAACGUCCCUACAAAAAAAGGCGGUCCGGUUCCAGUGUGCUCAGGCAGUGGCCGUACCAGUGGUGCCUGCGGAAGAACCAAUUUUACCAAACUUAUGCACAAACGAGAAUUUCUGCCUGCAGCUUCGCAACUUCAUCAAUCAGGCUAGUCCCAGCACCAAAGCCGUGGGCUAUCUAGGCCAUCAAGGAUCACAGAGGCAUCUGAUAUAUGUCGACGCAAAGUCACAGCGAGUCACCCAAGGCAAAGGCACGAGCCUGCUCAGAUCUCUCCGCCAACUCCUCCAAAGCACCAACAACGCAGGCCCUAGCAUUCCCAUCCUCCUACACUACGAACGCCUCCGCCUAGCGCACCUGUUGUCGAUUGCAGUCCUCCAAUUCCGCUCGACGCCCUGGCUAGCCAAUUCCUGGAACAGCAACGAAAUCCUCGUUUCCACACACGAAUCCUCCUCUACCACAACCGACGACACCACAAUAACAAACUUCCACGAACCCUAUGUAAGCGCCUGCAUCCGAAACCCCUAUGACGCGCCCGCCCGCUCCAACACGCUCCGCAGCCGCACGUUAAUCCGCAACCAACUCCUCUUCCGUCUUGGCGUCAUGCUGCUCGAAAUCGCCUUCCAGAAACCCCUAGACGAAAUGAAAGAAACCUCCGACACCGACGGCGGAGACGACAGCAACGCCGACUUCUGGGCGGCAGAUCGCCUGCAGCAUCAGGUCUCUGCGUGUCUGGCGCCGAGGUAUGCGGAGGUGGUGAGGAAGUGUAUCCAUUGUGAUUUUGGGAAGGAUUUCGAUCUCACGGCGACGAAAUUGCAGGAGGCUUUCUAUCAGGAUGUCGUUUGUGAGUUGAAGAGAUUGGAGGACUUGUUCAGGGCUGCUUCGAUGGUGGGUUGA